CAAAAGAAGGAAUCUAACGGUGUAAGGAAUAGCGUCAAACCUAAGCCAAAAACCUCCCAAAAUUUCUCUCCUUUUAAAAACCCCAAUUUCUCUCUCUCUCCUCAGUCUCUCUCGCCGCAUCAUCGCUUCUUAAACCUCACCAUCGUUGCCGCCUCACUUGGCUUCUCCUCUCUCGAGUUCCGAUUUAACAUGGCUCUACCCAACCAGCAGACCGUCGAUUAUCCCAGCUUCAAGCUCGUCAUCGUUGGUGAUGGAGGCACAGGGAAAACAACUUUUGUGAAGAGACAUCUUACUGGGGAGUUUGAGAAGAAGUAUGAACCUACUAUUGGUGUGGAGGUUCACCCUUUGGAUUUCUUCACUAACUGUGGCAAGAUCCGUUUCUACUGCUGGGAUACUGCUGGACAAGAGAAAUUUGGUGGCCUAAGGGAUGGAUACUACAUCCAUGGUCAAUGUGCCAUCAUAAUGUUUGAUGUCACAGCAAGGCUCACAUACAAGAACGUUCCAACAUGGCACCGUGAUCUCUGCAGGGUGUGUGAAAACAUUCCGAUUGUUCUGUGCGGGAACAAAGUCGAUGUGAAGAACAGGCAAGUGAAGGCAAAGCAAGUCACAUUCCACAGGAAGAAGAACCUUCAGUACUAUGAGAUAUCUGCAAAGAGCAACUACAACUUCGAGAAGCCUUUCUUGUACCUUGCUAGAAAACUGGCUGGAGACCAGAACCUUCACUUUGUCGAGUCACCAGCUCUUGCUCCACCAGAGGUUCACCUUGACAUUGCCGCUCAGCAGCAGAACGAGGCUGAUCUCGCAGCUGCCGCAGCUCAGCCUCUCCCAGAUGAUGAUGAUGACGCAUUUGAGUAAAUCUUCCAUAAUGUCUGCCGUGGUUUUCUCUAUUAUGUUGUUUUGAUUUGAGAUUUUUCAUAUAUAUCUAUGAGUCUUUUUAUAACAAAAAUUUGGGAAAUUCUAUUGGGAUAGUUCUGUUUGGGACCCGAAGAGAGUUUGCAGCUAAGUUUUUCUGCCCAAAA